AUGGAUGGAAGUAGUAAAAGCAACACGAAAAAUGAGGAGGGUAACGACAGUGAGAAAAAUAACAAGGAGGAGAAUAAAAUAGAUGUGGGGGGAUUUCAAUUCUUUGCUAAUACCUGCGAAGAAAAGUUAAAACAGUUUUUGGAAAAUUAUUUCAGCGCGAAAAGCAACGCAGAUUUAAUUUUCAAAGCGGAAAAUGGAGUGGUGGGAAUUUCCACAGGGGAGAGUGAUGAAACCAGUGGGGAAGUAGAUGGAAAGGAGGGACACGCAAACUGCAGUAGUAAUGCCUAUGCUGCAAAUGAUCAUGCGGCGAAUGACUCCUCUAACGAGAACGAAGACAAGCAGGAAAAUUACUUUGAAAAGAAACCACCCAUCAAAAGCAAUUACGAUAGAAUGGCCAUCAACCUGGUGGACGAAGUGCAAAAGUUCAUAAAACCCUACGUCAAUGAACGGCACAAAAUUAUUGUCCAAGGAAUUAUCGGGGAAAACAAGAAGCAAGGGAUUCACGUUGCCUCCAAAUCCCUCUGGAAUGUCGAAACAGACAACUACAUUUCUGCCAAGUACGUCAACGAUUUCAUUUUUGUCACCGUGAUGGUCUUCCUUUUGUACAACGAGUGA